AUGUCUCCUUCCAUCCUUCUUCUCCUUACUCUAUUCGCAAUUGCAGGUCACUUCCUUCUUCUUUAUUUUUCUUUUCUAACCAUUAGUAACGACUCGCAGUCCUUCAUCGGAGUUAACUACGGUCAGAUCGCCAACAAUCUUCCAGCACCGGAAGUCUCCGCCAGGCUCCUCCAAUCCACCACCAUCGGGAAAGUUCGCAUAUACGGCGCCGAUCCCGCAAUAAUAAAGUCUCUUGCUAACACCGGUAUCGGAAUCGUCAUCGGAACCGCUAACAGCGACAUUCCGAUUCUAGCGUCCGAUCAAAACGCAGCAAAACAGUGGGGACUUGUUUCACAGCUCGUUCCGGCAAUUCGAAAUGUCCAAACUGCCCUCAGCUCGGUGGCGCUUGGCGGUAGGGUGAAGGUGUCUACAGUACAUUCCAUGGCGGUGUUGUCUCGCUCGGAUCCACCUUCGUCCGGGUCGUUCAACCCGGGUUUACAAAACACACUGAAUCAGUUACUUGCGUUUCUGAGGGAUAAUAAAUCGCCGUUUGCGGUUAACCCGUAUCCGUUUUUCGCUUAUCAGAGUGACCCGAGACCCGAAACGCUUGCGUUUUGUUUGUUUCAAUCUAAUUCGGGUCGGGUUGAUUCGGGUAACGGAAAGCUUUAUACCAAUAUGUUCGAUGCUCAGGUUGAUGCCGUGCAUUCUGCUCUGAAUGCAAUGAAGUAUGACGACAUUGAGAUUGUGGUUGCUGAAACAGGAUGGCCUUCUAGUGGGGACAGCCAUGAAGUAGGACCAAGUGUUGAAAAUGCCAAGGCCUAUAAUGGAAACCUUAUUACUCAUCUUAGAUCAUUAGUUGGUACGCCUUUGAUACCUGGAAAGUCUGUGGACACAUACAUUUUUGCACUCUAUGAUGAAAACCUCAAAUCUGGCCCUGGAUCCGAACGCGCUUUUGGCCUCUUCAAAAAUGAUCUUACAAUGUCAUAUGAUGUUGGCUUGGCCAAGUCUAGCCAAAAGAAUCCGCCGCCAACUAGUCCAGUUACUCCAGCACCUAGCACUACAUGGUGUAUUCCAAAAGCAGGAGUUUCUGAUGCUCAUUUACAGGCCAAUAUUGAUUAUGCAUGUAGUCAAGGAUUAGAUUGUAGACCAAUACAACCGGGAGGAGUGUGUUUUGAUCCCAACACAUUACAAUCUCAUGCUGCUUUUGUAAUGAAUCUCUACUACCAAACAUUUGGUAGAAAUCAAUGGAACUGUGAUUUCUCUCAAACAGCAACACUCACAUCCCAAAAUCCAAGUUACAAUGCUUGCAAUUAUGUUGGUGGGAGUACCUGA